AUGAUAAACCGGAACGGAGCAACGAGGAGCGUGAAGACUGAGACCCAUCUCUCAGAUGGAAGACUAAGACUCUACAGGCUGGCUGCUGUGUGUUUAGGAGUGCUGUGUGUUCUACAAGUCACUCUCAACAUCUCCCUGCGGCUGGCUUUCUAUAACAGAGGCAAUGAGACUGUGGAGAGAGACCAGCUACAGACCAGUUACAACACACUGACUGAAGAGAGAGACCAGCUACAGACCAGUUACAAAACCCUGACUGAAGAGAGAGACCAGCUAAAACCCAUUUACAACAUUCUGACUAAAGAGAGAGACCAGCUACAGACCAGGUACAACACCCUGACUAAAGAGAGAGACCAGCUACAGAUCAGUUACAACACCCUGACUAAAGAGAGAGACCAGCUACAGAUCAGUUACAACACCCUGACUAAAGAGAGAGACCAGCUACAGAUCAGUUACAACACCCUGACUAAAGAGAGAGACCAGCUACAGAUGGAUAGAGAUUAUCUCACGUCAAAGUUCUCUAAUCUGAAACAAACCUGUCCUGAAGGCUGGCAGAUUAAGUUGGAAUCCAGUUGGUACUUCCUGUCUACUGAGACUAAAAGCUGGAAGGAGAGCAGACAGGACUGUCUGAAGAGAGGAGCAGACCUGGUGAUCAUAAACAGUGAUUUGGAACAGGAGUUUCUCUUAAGCUUCAAUAAGAGAGCCUGGAUUGGUCUGACUGACUCUGUUACUGAGGGGGCCUGGAAAUGGGUGGACGGCACCCCACUGACCAUCCCAAGUUACUGGUACUCACAGCAACCUGAUAAUGGUGGUGACAACCCAGCAAAUGGUGAGGAGGACUGUGUUGAGCUGAACACAGAAACCUGGCUUCCUGUAAAGGCAUGGAAUGACCAGUCAUGUUUAGACAAUCGUUACUGGAUUUGUGAGAAAGUGGUUUAACAUCACCAUGACAACAGAGGAGGCUGGUGGGAGGACGUGCACACAUACAGCACCUUACAGUGCACACAACUUCAUUCUCUCUCUCUAAGACACACACACACCAACACACUGCUGGUACUGUACUGAGGGGCAAACAACCUGAUAAUGGUUGUGAACCAGAAUAUAUUGUAACUAGGACUGUGCUGAUGUUAAUAUUGGGAAUUCUGUAUAUAAAUAUUCUGACAUAGCAUUUACCUCUCAACAUAACUGGAUUUGUGAAGAGUUAUACAGUAGCUCAUUAUAUAGUAGUGCUACAGUGCUAAUGCAUCUCUCUCUCUGGUUAAACAGUGUGUAGACAUACUGUCAUAUGUAAAAUGCUUGUAUUCAUUGUUUAAAUAGAAACAUAUUAUGUGAUUUGCCAUAAUGUGAUUUUUUCAUAGUCAAUUAUUAGCAUAAACGACUUUAGUAGGAAGAUGAACUAAGGCUCAGAUUAAGUAAGAAAGGAACCUAGCAGGUUUACCAGCUUCCUGAUUGAAUGUGAUUGGAUUGUUAAAACAAUGUGAAUUGCAGUUGGACACAGACAGAAGGCAGAACAGUACUGAGAGGAUACAUGCUGCACGCAGGCAAACGCACACACAGACACACACACAGACACAAACACAGACAGACAUACAGACACAC